UAUUAUUAUUAUUUUAUUAUUAUUAUUAUAAUUAUUAUUAUUAUUAUUUUAUUGUAUAUAUGUUUAUAUAUAUAUAUUUAUAUUGACAAUUUAACAUGAUGGCUCAUGAAUAUUAUCAUAAAGAUAAAUUUCGUUUAAAUGCAAAACCUAAAAUAAGUAAAUUGAUCUUGACAGAAAAACAACGAAAUCAAUUAAAUUAUUUAUUCACUUUAUCCGAUUUACCUGGUAAAGAAAUUUUUACUACAGAAAUUUGGAGUGAAUCAAUUGAUGAUCAAAAAAAUGCAAGAAAUUUUUUAAUUUAUCAAGGACUUCCUGUUGAUUUGGAUGACCCAACAAAUUCUACACAUAGAGAACAUAAAGAUCCUACGAAUAGGUGGAAAAUACGUUGGAGUGAUAAAAAAAAUGGUGCUACCCUUUAUCAAUGUAGUUGUGGUUCUGAUAUGCAAGCUGCUAGUAAGACCCCUGUACAAAAACAAAGACCUAUUAGACAAUUAUAUGAAUUUGAUGGUUGUUUGGCUUUUUUAAGAUUAGAAAUUGAUGUUGAUAAAAAAAUUUUUAGAAGAGCUCAUGGUUAUUUGAAUCAUUCAGAAGCAUGUCAUCGUGCAUUACCAAAGAAAAAUUAUCCUAUAUUAUCAAUUAAUAUUAAUAUUAGAGAUAUGACUGAAUUAUUAGUAAGAACUUAUGCUUCAACUAAUGAUAUUUUAUCACUUAAUUUACAAUUUAUAAAGGAUCAAUUGGGUGGAAGAUUAGUUUUAAGAAAUAAAUUAAAAUGUAAAGAUGAACAUUUCUUGAUAACUGCUUUUGAUAUAAAAGAUGCUAGGCGUUGGAUCAAAAAUCAUCCUCAACCUCAAUGGAAUGUUAAUGUUGAACGAUCCGUACAUCAUAAUUUACAAGAAUUAUUUGGUCCAAAUUCUUCCGAUGUAGAAUUAAGAGACGCAAUUAUUUAUUAUAAACCAAGAGAUCAUCAUUAUGAUUAUACAUUUUUAAUAUUAGCAACAGAAGAACAACGUUUACAAGCAUGGAAAUAUGGUCAUCAAAAUUAUAUAAUAUUAAAUGGAACUUUUCAAACUGAUAACAAAAAAUUACAAAUGUAUGUUUUAAUGGUUAUAGAUGAAUACAAAAGAGGUGUACCAAUUGGAUACCUUUUAUUUUUAAGACCUGGUAAUACUGAUUUAAUAGGAGCUUCAAAUCAUGAAUAUGGAAUAUUGAGACAUUUAUUGGAAAUGUAUAAAAAUAAAUUAAGUCAUGAAACUGGUGAUAAUUUAUUUAACCCAAAGGUUGCGAUAAUUGAUUUUGGUUUUAAGGAACGUCUUGCGUGUUCUGAAGUCUGGUCUUCUAUAUAUCUCGUGUAUUCUCCUUUUCAAGUAUAUCAAUGCUGGAUGAAUAAAAUAAAUCAAUUGUUAGGAACUGAUGGGGAUAAUGAAAUUAUGAGUUAUCGUCAAAAAAUUAAAAAAGAACUAAUUGAUAUGAUAGACGAAUUACAAAAAUACGCGAAUGAAAAUGAAAUUCGUUCUAAAAUUAAAUCAAUGGAAAAAAUCAUAAAGAAUAAUUAUGAUGAAAUUCUUAGAAAGAAUUUAAAUGUAAAAAUUUUAGCGUUAUAUGAUGGACAAUUAGAAUUCAUUAAUUAUUUACAAAAAGAUUGGGUAAAUGAAUUGAUGCAUAUGUGGACUUUUUAUGGAAGAAAAAAUGCGGCAAAUAUAUUAAGAAUUGAUGUUGACUCUAUUCCAUGGACCCCAGAAUGCUUGGAAGGUUUCAGAAGACAAUUUAAUCCAAAACGUAUACUAAGAUUUCAGCGAAAAGGUCACGUCUUACGAUUAGAUGUUUUGGCUAUCAUGUUAGUAAAAUGUAUUACACCUAUUUGUAAUAUUCAACGUGAUCUUUGGAAUAAUAUACAUGAUAUAUUGAAAAAUAAAAAAUCAAUAUUAGAAGAAUUAGCCGAAGAUGAAGAAUUUGCAGAAGGUACUACAAGAGCUUUAUUAGAUAAUCAUAUUAACACCAUUGCAUUUGAAGAUUUUGAUCCACGAAAAAAGGAGGAAGCAAAUUUGUUAAAAAUUAAAUUUAUCGAAUUUAAUGGACAUUAUCUUUUUGUUAGAGUUCAAUGUAAUGUAAUAAAUCCUGAAUAUGUUCCAGAUAAAGAAAAUAUGGACUAUUAUAUGGUUUGUCUUACUCCAUUCAUAAGUUGUCAUUGUUUUAAUUUCCUAUUUCGUGGAGGUGCUUGCUCUCAUAUACGAGCAUCCAUCAAUAUCGUUAAUUGGAUGCGACUACAACCAAAAGAUCUUACUUUUUUUGAUAAUUUGGAACAUUGGGAAAUGCCUUUUAUUCAAUUAAAUUCACGUCAAGAAGCAUUCAAAAAGUUACAUGACCAGAAAUUUAAGAAACAUAGAAAAGUAUUUCCUUUACAAAAUUAUUCUAUGGAAAAUAUGGACGAUGAGAGUGAUUCAGAUAGUGAAAUUGAGGAUAAUGUAGAUUUUUUUGAUCCUUAUGUAAAUAUGCCAACGAGACUUGAUAAAUGGUCAUUUGGAGUGGGAACAAAUUCAAUUUCAAGUUCAACAUUAACCGAAGGAUCUUUGGUACAAAAUUCGAUCGUUAUCGGCGAAUCAAGUUCAACACAGCAACCUUCAUCUUUUACAAAUUCUUUAAUGGGUUCAACAAUAAGAGAUAAAGUGACUCAAUCUUGGAAUAAUGAAUUAUCAUUUGCUACAAAUAGGUUGAUAGCUAACAUGAAUGAUUUAGUAACGGUCUUUGAGAAACUUACUCAAAAUCAAGUAAACAUUCCUGACAGUGUAUCCGAAGAGUUGAAAAUUCUUGACAAAGAGUUAAAUACACGAUUGAAUACGUUGGUAAAUUGUGAUAAAUCAAAAGAAUUAAUGAUGACUUUGUGGCAAAUGAGACAAAAACUUGAUUCUAUUACAAAUAGUAGACUUAAUAUAUAAAAAAUGACGCGUGAAAUAUUUAUUAGGGACAUUUAGUGUUUUUUUUUAAUUCUGAUGUAAAUUAAAUAUAUGAUAAAUUAAUAUGAUAAAUAUUUAUGGUAUGAUAUUUCUUAAUUAAUUUAAGCUACUACAGAAAAGGGUUUUCCCUAAAUUUCUGCGCCUCGAUUUUAUGGUACCAAUCAUAAAUGGAAAUUGUACUGUACAAUGCAUAAAUAAAGAAUCCAAAACUUGCAUAAAUUAUCCUUUUUUGGCAUUUUAUU